GAAAUCUGAACCUCUUUUUCAAUCGAUUUGACGGCUUGCAACAAGUCUACUGCGGUGCUCUCCUCUUCAGUUCGGCCACCUCUAGAGUAAGUCGCCAAUUGAGACCAAGUGUAGCCCUACCGUCAGCCUCGAUUGUCGUUGGUGCUGUCGCUGCUAUGAGCUCGGCUCUGCAACUUAGUGUCGCGGAACGCCAUGCGCCUGAAAAGACCAGACGAUCUGUGGCAUGUAACCACUGUCGAGAAAGAAAGAUACGUUGUAAUGGACGAACUCCGUGCGCCAAUUGCCUGGAUCGUUCUGAAGUAUGCGUUGUGACGCCCAAAAGGACUCAUCGUCUCCAGGGCACUCGAGGAACGGGACCCAGCCCCCGCCAUCGCUCUAGUGCGCCGUCUAAGUCCUCAAGGUCGCAUCACCGACAGCGGCGGCAGAGUCCCGGCAACCCACAUAUCUUGGAAAUCGAUCAACAUGACCAUCUCACCCACGCUGCCUCGGCCUCGCCGAAAGAUGUACCCCAGAGGAAUGCUAACCACUCUAACUCUGGGACGAUUGAGUAUGAGUUGGACAAUAUUCAGAAUGACUCAGCUACCGGCAUGUCACCUCAAACCUUCACUUUCAUCAACCACUGUAUCGAAGGCCCGGCAACCACGGCUUCAAAUGUCAGUACUUUGCAUCAAGAGACAUCGCAACCCCGCCAGGAAGAGCAAGAGCAUAGCAGCGUCUACGCGACGGACACCCUGAAUCUCGAGUACUACGGUCCGCGCUGCUUCUUGUCCUUUUCCUCACAACCAGGAGUGAAAUGGAUCAACUCCAAAGUCAGGUCCACCGAAUUUUCCAAUGUGGCUAUGCGAGUCGUGACGGACAUGGCUCAAAUGCUGAAAAUGAGCCGCACUCCGUCCCCAGUACGAGAGCCAGAGCCGAGUUUGGAAGCAGCAACGGAAUACACAAAAGCCUACUUCGAAGAGGCACCGGAAACGGCAUUUAAUAUUGUUGACCGCUCUUGGUUUGAAUCUCGACUACGGGCCCAUCGCAGUGGCUCGACACCGGAGGACAAGGCCUGGUAUGCAUUGCGCAAUGUUCUGUGGGCCAGUGGAUGCCGAAUCCAGCUGUCCAAGAAAGACGAUUAUACUCAAGUUUCACGCGCAUCGUGGGCGUUGUUUGAAAAUGCACUUUCCGUACAGACUGAGGUGCAGUUCUUGCGCGCCUCUAUCGUCGCUGUACAAGCACUUAUUUUGAUGGCGUACUUUGCGGAAGGUGUAGGUAAAACAUCCUUGCAGUACAUGCUGUGUUCGACCGCCAUGCGACUCGCCUGUUCCAAAGGAUUACAUAGACAGGCCCCAAAGUCCUGGAAGAUCUCGUCUCACGAAGUCAAGCACAGAAACUGGAUGUUUUGGUCGAUCUAUUGUCUGGAGAAACAAAUUUGUACACGAUCCGGUCGUCCAUCAGCGAUAGAUGAUGAUGAAAUCAGCACGCUUCUUCCUCAGAGCACGCUUACAAACCGACCUGGCGACAUCGCGUAUUGCCACAUUCUCGUUGAUCUCAUACAGCUGUGCUCUACAGCCAAAAAGCGACUCUCUAGCGCUCGUGCUCUUCAGCAAUCCUCCGAACAGUUGAUACAAACGGUUAGUAGCCUAGUCCAGGAACUUGACAACAUCAAAGACCGCGCUAUCAGGCGAUACAAAUUUUCCCUUGAUGGUCCAUUGGACCUUUCCCAGUUGCCAGCUUCGGGACUCACCUUGGGCCAAGCACAGUCCCUCAAAGCCAACUACUGCUGUCUCGUGCUCGACAUCAAUACGCCUUUGAGCUACCCAUGGUCUGGCAUCCACCUGCACGCGGAACAAGAUUCAGUGGCCUUUGCACAAGUUGAAAAAUCCUGUGCCGCUGUCGCGGAGGCCGCAAGGUGUGCCAUUCUAGCAACCAGACAAAUCCAAGUCGAUGCUAGCUGCACCGCACUAGUUUCACUGUACACUCCUGUUUACAGCUCAGUCAACCUGUUUAUUCAAAUCCUCCGAGACACCAGUGCGACUUCAACAAGAUCCGAUCUGAUAGUUUUAGAUAUCGCGCUGGGCUACUUUUCAAGCCUUGAAUUGGUGACAAACCUCGAGCUAUCGCUCUCUUUCGCAAGGGACAUGUGCCAUUUCGCUCGUCUUGCUGUCGACACUAACAACAAGGCCCUGGAGAAAGACGACGUUGGCCAAUCCCAUUCCCAUGUCAUCGCUGCACAACCUUUAUUGGAUAUGUCUACCGACAAUUUCCCGAAUGAACCCCCGGGAUUUGGCUUUGAUGAGAAUGACUUCUUCGGCUCCCUGCCGGAUGAGACCUUCGAAAUGUGGAGCACUUUACUCCCAUUUACGGCUACAGAUGAUUUCAAUUUUUCGGCAUGACGAAUCACUUCCUGUCCGACGUUUAUAAAAAUCAUAGUAUGUGUCAUUUCUACUGGAAUUAUUACUGUUCUGUUUGUGCUGCGUCAGCUUUUGCUGUAGCAGAGUAGCUAGAUGCUGUUACGUUCGACACAAAUACGUCCAGCUCAACACUUGUUCUGUGUUGUCA